GGAGUAGUCGUCCAAUGAAUGAGUAGUUUUGAGUGACAAUGAAUGACGUGAUGGGAAACACGUGUCGUAUAACUCAGGCCUAACUCUACACUCAUUUCAAUCGAGUUGUGAAUUGUGUUGUAUUUUAGACACACUUUCACUCAUUUUUGCCCUUAAUUUACGUCAAAAACAAUACAAUUAAAGUGGUAAGGGAUGGCCGACACUGAAGGCAAAGACAAAGGAAAUUUGGACGACUUCUUCGCCAAAAAGGACCAGAAGAAGAACAAGAAUAAGAAGAAGUCUGUUCUCACCUCUAAUGAAGAGUUGGCCAAAAAGUUAGAGGAGACGGGAAAACGUGGCGCCCGUCGGGUCAAAGACAAGACCAAUAUGAGUGCUCUCAGUAAUAAUGGCUCGGAUCAGGAGAGCGAGGAGUGGAACGAAGCGCCCGAUGAGAAGGAAAAGGACUAUUCGGGUCUUCGGAUACAAACGCUUAACAUUAAAGACAAAGAGGAAGAGUUUAGAGAACAACAGCUGUUAGAUAUAGAGGAGGAAAAGCAGAACAAUGUGGUGUCGGGUCCGUGGAAGGGGAAGGUGUCGGGCGGUGACGGGGACUCGGAGUCCGAGAAGGGUGCCAAUGAUGAGGACAAGCCAGUGGUUCCGCCGCCCACUCCGGCAGCACCGGCGGCGCCGAGCGGUAAAUAUGUUCCGCCCGGAGCGAGAAAUCUGCCGCAAACCACAACCGGCGGCGGUUUGGCCCCAAUGCGAAGGGGGCCGAAAUCAGGUGCGCCUAAGAUUCAAGACAUCGUUGAGUUCCCAUCGCUCGGUGCUAUGGAUUCGAGUGAAGACAAAGGCUUUCAAACCGUGAGAACCGGAAACACAAGACCAGAAUUGGGUGAUAAACGAGCAAAUGUUACGUUAGAUAAUAAAUACGGUUUACUUACAAAUACGUCUAAAGAGCUUCAAAAUACUGAUUAAAUGUAUAUUUUAUUUAAUAUAAUUUUAGUAUAAUUUUUUUGCUAAUGAUAUAAAAAUAUACUUUUCAUUAAUAAUACUUUACAACAAUUUAAUGUUACAUUCAAUGCAUGGAUC